GGCAGCAGAGGCGCUGAAAGUCAAGAUGAGUGAUGUUCCUAUGUUGAAGUAUGUGGUCUUGGGCCCUGGUGAUCUAGACGACCUGAUGACUCUGCUUGCUAAGCAUUACUUCUCUCGAGAAAACACAUACAUGAGUGUUGGUGUUACCUCAGCCACCAGAAGAGAUGAAGAAGAUAUUAAACAAUGUCUGGAGUCUGGAGUGUCAGUGGGCAGCAGAGAACAAACAACAGGACGGCUGGUCGGUGUUGCUUUGAGUUGCAUCAUCACUUCAAACUCUUCAUGGUAUACUGAUGAGGCCAAGUGCAGCACCCAAGCUGAGGUGACAAUGGCUCGGAUACUUAAUACUACGAAGAGUCCUGUCGACUUGUUCCAGGACCCAACAGUGAAGCAAGUACUGUAUAUGGAUAUUUUCUGCGUCCACCCAGACUAUGGUCGUCAGGGUGUUUGUAAGAAGUUAGUGCAGAAGUGUCAUGACCUGGGUGAAGAAAGGGAGUGUCAAAUGGCAGCUGGAGUUAUGACCAGUUUAUACUCGCAGAAGCUGUGUUCUGAUCUGGGCUACGAGGACUGCGCAACCUUCCACCUCAACACUGUAAAAGAAACUCUCCUCGACCUGUCCACACUCAACACAACGAAAUUCAAGAUAAUGACUAAAUAUUUGUCAACCAAAUAUAAAUUUACAUACAAGAUUUGAUGGACAAAGUACAUAAUAUUAUUCUAUAUUU